AUGUUGCAAGGCGUCAGCGCCAUCACCCAUGACAGCAACGAUGAUGGCCUCAAUCAAUCAUUCAUGGCUCAUGUGUCGCCUGGCGCUAGUCUUGCCCCCAAUCAGGGCCCGUCCUCCAUGCUGCAGAAUGACAAAUUCCUAACACAUGUCGCCCAUCUGCUCAACAUAACGACCGAGAAUCUUUCGAAUCUGCUCAGUUCAGACAAAGGCACCAAUGGCAGUGCCGUGGCCGCGGACUCGUCGGCCGACGACUCCCUGGCCCUGCUCACCGUGCUCACCGUCUGCUACGCCCUCAUAUUCGUGGCCGGGGUGCUGGGCAACCUGAUCACCUGCAUCGUGAUCGCUCGCAACAACUUCAUGCACACGGCCACGAACUUUUACUUGUUCAACCUGGCGGUGUCCGACCUGAUUCUGCUGGUCUCAGGCAUUCCUCAGGAGCUGUACAACCUGUGGUACCCGGACAUGUACCCGUUCACCGACGUCAUGUGCAUUAUGGAAAGCGUGCUCUCAGAGAUGGCUGCCAAUGCCACAGUCCUCACCAUUACCGCGUUCACCGUGGAGCGAUACAUCGCUAUCUGUCAUCCGUUUCGGCAGCACACCAUGUCGAAGCUGUCUCGCGCCAUUAAGUUUAUAUUUGCCAUUUGGCUGGCGGCCUUCCUGCUGGCCCUGCCCCAGGCCAUGCAGUUCUCCGUGGUCUUCCAGAACAACGGAUACUCCUGCACGAUGGAGAACGACUUCUAUGCCCACGUGUUUGCCGUGUCCGGCUUCAUCUUCUUCUGCGGACCCAUGACGGCCAUCUGCGUGCUGUACGUCCUCAUCGGCGUGAAGCUGAAGCGGAGUCGCCUGCUGCAGUCGCUUCCGAGACGGGCCUACGACGCCAACCGUGGACUUAACGCUCAGGGCAGAGUCAUCAGAAUGUUGGUAGCUGUAGCCGUCGCCUUCUUCCUCUGCUGGGCUCCCUUCCACGCACAGCGUCUGAUGGCCGUGUACGGCCUGUCGCUGAUUAACAUUGGGAUCAACCGGGAUGCCUUUAACGAUUACUUCCGCAUACUUGAUUACACAUCCGGAGUGCUCUAUUUUCUGUCCACCUGCAUUAAUCCGCUGCUGUACAACAUCAUGAGCCACAAGUUUCGGGAGGCUUUCAAGAUCACGCUGACGCGCCAGUUUGCCCUGGCCAGGAACCAUCACAACCAGCAGAGCCAGCACCACCAACACAACUACAGUGCUCUGCUGAGGCAGAACGGAUCGAUGCGGCUGCAGCCGGCCAGCUGCAACAACAACGCCCUGGAGCCGUACGGCUCCUACCGAGUGGUGCAGUUCCGAUGCCGGGACGCCAGCCACCAGCUGUCGCUGCAGGACAGCAUUCGGACCACCACAACGACAACGACGAUUAACAGCAGCAGCAUGGGCGGAGGCGGCGGCGGCGGCGGCGGCACCAGCACCACCAACGGACCUGGCAGACGCAUCCGCAAGCAGGACUUCUACGGCGCCGGCACAGGCAGUGCUGUGCCCCACCGCAUGCUGGCGGCCCAGGUCUCUCAGCUGUCCUCGCUGGGCGACGCCAACUCCCUGCUAGAGACCGAGGUGGUGGAUGUGGGUCGGCACUACUCCUCCGUGCGGGCAAAGCGCGCUUUAAUGGCUACCAAGAGCGGGGCGAUGCUCGUGACGCCCUCGCCCUCGGAGCAGCCAGAGAACAGCCAGCCGGCCACACGCCUCAAGCUAUCGCGGGUCAUAAGCCGUCGCGACGAAGCUGUAGCAGCGGCCACGGCUGCCACCGCUCCCUACAGUGGCAACCACAGCCACAGCCACAGCCUCCCCGACCCAGAGACCCUCCAGGCCGGAACGCCGCGCGAGUCGCGCAAGUUUCCCUGGCGAAAGCGGAGACAGAAGCGGGACGACGCGCACUCCUCCCAGUGAAGGGCGCAGGCAGAGAUAGCCGUGGCUAUGCUUAGUUAGGCAUUGUUUAGUUAGCACAAUAAACUUUCUGAUCUGUGGACGAGUCGAGCCGCUUGUGAAAAACUUUGUCCGGCUGGAAAAGGGCUCGAAUCGUGGGCUUUGGCUUUGGCGAUUUGCAUGCAAAUUUCAUUUUGCCAAUUGGCCAUAAAAAUAAAAUCUACGACGACGAUGGAGAAGAUGGCGACGCCUGCGGUGGCGAUGGCGGCUUCGAGUGGGCCAGACGAUUUAUGUUGGGCAUAAGCCCAGUUAAUGAGGCAUCGAAGUGACGUGACAAACUUUCUUGCCCCCGCCACAGACAGAGCCUCAUAGCCCGUCGUCGCCGCAUCUACCGCAUCCUAGAGUAGUGCAGUCAUAAAUUAAGUGUUAAGUGUUAAGUGCUGAGCUACGAGUAAAUAAAACGAAUA